UAACAUAAAUCUUUUCAACUAACUUUAUACAAAAAAAAAAAACUAUCAUCAUGGGUAUCGCAAAAACUUCGGUGAUUUUCUUUCACUUGGUCAUAUUAGCAGUUUCCUUAUCCGACCAUACCGUUACUGCUUCAGGUGCACAGAUGAACAAAAUAUCAUAUGAUCAUUGCAUCACAAUGUGUGUGGAGUACAAAUACGGAUCGCGGGAAUGUUUCGUGGACUGUACAAUACAGGGAUAUCGGAUGGGAUCUUGUGUCAACCAAAAACCCCAAGAUCCUAUUCAAUGUUGUUGCUAUAACUAAGAAAAUCUCAUUCUCUUAUUUUAGUCCCCCAAUGCUAAGAGCUUUCACUCUUUUCUAGCAUUGGACUUAUGUAACAAAUUAUUAUCAUAUUCUACCAAUAAAAUGCAAUAAUAUAAUAUUACUUUAAACAAAA